CUCUCAAUUUUAAUGAUUUCAUCCUUAAUUCUAUCCUUCUUUAAAAGACACCUACUUACAAUAAAAUUAUUUUCAGAUGCCAACCCUAAUGAAUGAUAAAAGAAAAAUUCACCCAUUACAAGCAACUCAGGUUUCUACUAUUUCUGAUGAAUUUGGACAACGUAGAUCCAUCAGUUCACAUAGUGAUUUGAACAAAUUGGGACACGAGGAAACCAGUCUUUAUGGAGGCCUUAAAAUACAGACGAACAACAUUAAUACAAAAACAAAUGAAUCUCCAAAGCAACAAAACAACAUCAGCGAUCCAGUUAUCAUCCUCGAUAAUUUAAACGAUUUAAAACAACAUUCAAUAAAUUCUCGUGCUUCUUCUCAAUCAACAGCUCCAAUUUAUAGCAGGCAUUUAACGCUUUCACUUCAAAGACAACAACAUUCAAGUACGCCAACACCCUCCUUUCAAUCUCCUGGCGGCGGCAAUUUACCUUCUUAUGCUACAAUAACACGUCUUCAUAAAUUGUGGGUUUAUUUAAAUUUAAAAAAAUUUUUUAAUGAGUAA